GUUUGUAGGAGAGAAACAAGUAACUUGCAGUUUGUAUUGAAUUACAAAUCUACGACUGAACCAGUGUUGAGGAUUGUCCAGAUUUACAUUCCAGAUGGCUUCGACAAUGUUGUGGGCUUCAAGGGCGGCUUCUUACCUCAGGAUCUCUGUGUUCCAUAGAGGUUUCUCCACUGUUUUAAAGGACCUGAAAUAUGCUGAUUCUCAUGAGUGGGUGAAGGUUAAUGGUAAUUCUGCCACUAUUGGUAUUACUGAUCAUGCUCAAGAUCAUUUAGGUGAUGUUGUGUAUGUUGAAUUACCCGAAGUGGGAGCUGCUGUAAAGCAAGGUGACAGUUUCGGAGCAGUUGAAAGUGUCAAGGCUACUAGUGAUGUUAACUCGCCUGUAUCGGGAAAAGUGAUUGAAGUUAAUGAAGGGCUCAGCAGCUCUCCUGCUUUGGUCAACUCAAGCCCAUAUGAGGGUGGAUGGAUCAUAAAGGUUGAAAUGAAUGAUGCUGGGGAGUUGAAAAACUUGAUGGAUUCAGAAGAAUACUCCAAGUUCUGUGAGGAAGAAGAUUCGAAGCACUAAAGACCAGAUGCCCCGGCGUUGUUGGAUCUCGACACAUUCCUAUGAUAAGGGUGCUAUGCAAAGAGAGAUAACAACUAUAUCCGGGAAAGCAACUGGUUCAGAAUCGUAGUUUUUGUUUCUUGAUGUUCCCAAUCUAUAGGACUGUACUUCCAUGUCCUGGUAUUCGGGUUCGGAUUUGGUGUCGUGUUUUCUUAAGCUAAAUCAAGGAAUAAGUGACUGGCUUUGGGUUUGGAAGUGAGUGGUUUAACCAUCACUAGUGUGGCAAAUUUGAGUUUCUAUCGAUGGAAAUAAUGCUGAAAAGUUAAAAGCAUUUCAAACAAUGCUUCAUUAACAAAUCAAGGAAUGGUUCAGGUUUAUG